AUGGAGGAUAGCCCGCUUUCCAUCGCCGCCAACAUCGCCGGCCUCCUCACCUUCGCCGUUGCCAUCUUGGCGUCCAUCUAUGUUCGCAUUGCAUCUUUACGCAAUGGCAGACUCGAACUGGAGAUCAUUCGAGAGUCGGUUGAGGAUAACGUCCAGGAUUUGAUGAGGAUGAGCAGGGAAAACCCAUCAGACCUCCGGAAACGUUACAUCACGGAGCAAGGCGACGAACCCGAUCUUCGUCGAUUGAAGAACCUGAGUGCGGAUUUGAAUGCUACCGAAAUAUUUAUCUACAUUUCAGCUACCAGGGGCGAAGAAGCAUUGCAGCGGAUUGUAGCACAACAGUCAGAAGUCAAGGCCAAAUUGGAGGAGCUCACUCGACUAUUGACGACAGCGAGUCAGGCGCCAGCGCGACCUGCGAGCGAUGACAUCAGUGGUAUACCAGUAGAGACGUGUACAACCGUGUCACCUGGUCAAACAGAAGGCAUCGAGCGGCAUGUAGACGCCGAGGGGUCGGAACUUGAGACGACCGAUUGUUUCGAAUAG